AUGACGGCAAGAAUAGUGUUCCGUGUAUCUGUUCUGGCUCUCCUGCUCUACAGCGCGGUAACUCAAAAAUGUCCUGCAGGUGGUAGAUCCGAGAGCUCUGUUGUGGGCUGGAUGUUACGAGGACACGUGUACGACACUCUUCUCGCUGAACUUCCGUUUACGUGCGUAUUCAAGUGUCGCGAAGACAAUCGAUGCCAAAGUUUUAACUGGGUUAUCUCUCUUCUCACGUGCGAGUUUAACAACAGGACAAAGGAAGCCAGGCCUGAAGACUUUAUUCCAAACCAAGACAGAUCUUACUAUCGACGCGAUUUACAACGAGGUAAGCCAUCAUUAAGUGCCGGGGGUAAUCUUAUAUAUCAAAGAGAUAAGAAAUUCCAAUGCAUGAAGUAUAUGAAAGCGUAGGAAAGUUAGUCAUCUCUUCAGGCCUAUAAAAUGGCUUAAACGAGCGAACAGAUGCAUUUUAUGCGAGUGAGAAAAAGCGACGGGUAUUUUUCUGGUUUUGUGCUUAUUCAUGUUUAAAAGACAGAGCAUUUACAGCACAAAACUCUUUAUGAAGUUAUAAAAGCCCGGGGCUUUAACGUUGAAUUUUACGGUAGUUCUGAAAUAGGUAUGUUCAAUAGGUAGCAUUCGUGAAUGGAAGGAAUACGAAAGGGGUACCUUUUUUGUCAAAAACGUUAUAUAAAAGGGUAAGGCGUUGGACCUCGGGGCGGAGCCUCCCUGUAUAAAACGUUGUUGAGUAGCGCCCCCUGCAUAAAGUUAAAACUAUGCAAGGGUAAACUCAAACUGAUAAUAAAGAAUUGUUGUUUAACCUUUCAGUUCCCCUUGGUUCGAUUCAAGAACUACCAGCUGAGACUUGUGAGGAAAUAAAGAGGAGUGAAGGACACGCUGUUAGCGGGAAAUACUGGUUUUCCACUAUAAAAUCUGGUACAUCUGUCUUGGCUUAUUGUAAUAUGGAGACCAACGGUGAGUUUAGUCAGUUAUAUAAUCGGGGACCACCGUUAAGCUGAUUGUGCCCUCUGAUAAGUUAAUUUAUGAUUAUUAGACAACUGACUUAAAUGUUUCAUAUUUAGUCACAGAUGUGGCGACUGAUGAAAAAUUAACCGAGAGAUUUAAACUGAUAAGACAUGGAGUAAGAAAGAUAAAUUUUAAGGGGAGAAAAGACUAAUGACACAAAAGAAUGGGUACUCCUCGCAUCACAUGUUAGAGCCUGAGUUAAUGCCCUUCAAUUUGUUUUUUUUUUUUUCAUCAAUCAAUAUGUUUGUUGUUCUAGACAUUGACGAAUGCGGUGCUUCUUCUCCUGUAUGUGACAUCAAUGCCAACUGCUCCAAUACCCGUGGAUCGUAUAUCUGUACCUGCAGGGCAGGAUAUACAGGCGAUGGAAAAACUUGCCAAGGUAGGAUAAACGUCGUUUUACCGUGUGAUAACAACGGAGAUGGCAGAUUCCCAGGGACUUGUAACGACCAGUCAAAAUCGGCAAUCCAUCGAAUCCAGUCCUUUUAUAUACCGGCAGUGCAUGACAUCAUAUGCCUCGGGUUAUACUUACGAGAGAAUUAUGAGAGAUCUAUGAAAAACGUUGAAAAGUUCUGACGUGGACCCCGGUUGAGGAAAUUCAGACUGUUUUCAACGGGGAUCGAAAAAGGUUGAAUAUUUUCAUUAUUAUUAUUUCAUUUUAUUUUGUUUGCGAGGAGCCUACGAUAGAUCCUUGUGGAACUCCAAUAUUUUUGUUUUUCUAGACAUUGAUGAGUGCAGUGCUUCUUCUCCUGUAUGUGACGUCAAUGCCAACUGCUCCAAUACUCGUGGAUCGUAUAUCUGCACCUGCAAGGCAGGAUACAACGGCGAUGGAAAAAUUUGCAGAGGUAGGAGAGAAUAAUUAGCUAAUCUAAAGGACAGUUACUUUACUGUUAUAACAUUAAUUAUAGAAGUUUCCUAAGGACGUGCGACAUCGUAGCGUUCAAAAUGGUGGAUAAUGAGUCCGGCAAUCCGCUAAAUCCGCCGGUAAAUUUUCGUAUCCAGCAUUGUAUGACGUCAUACCUCAUGUUAUGCCUUUGCUGGAGGCUAUAGCAAGGAGCGAGCAACUUCCUUGUACUCUUAACAAGGCGUUUUCACCGACGAUUUUGGAGUGAAUUUAGACUAUCUUUUAGGUCCCCCAAACCAGUCAGCAAAACAAAAAUGUCUGAAAAUGGCAUUUUUGACCUUUAAAUAACUCUGUAUCAUGAGCCGCCAGUUAAGACUGAUGCGCUACCUCACUUCCGUCCAACGUGCAAAUAGCGUAAAUUUAAAUCAUCUAGCUCAUAAUAAGGAUUAGAUUUGAAUAAGGAUGUAGGACAUUACAUUCGUUGUUUUAUAUUUCUUAAUUCUUAUUCAACAAUUUCACCUCAUCGAAGACUUUCCUCAAAUCUUUGGCCUAUUUCUCGGCACAGUCUUGCAGUGCUCCCCAAAAAGUAGAUAACAUCCAUCUAGUGAUUUGUUUUGUGUAUUAUUGCAAUUCUUCCGUUCAGUUUUAGUUUAAAAUUCAGCAGUUCCGGAUAGGCGUGAACGCCUUUUUUUUUUUCAGAGUUCACUAGUGAAUAAUCAGCUAGGCAGCCGCACCUGGAAACGAAGUUGAUCAAUUAAAUAUUUAUAAGAUUCGAGCAUUAUACCUUCGAUUUUAUAGCAUAUUGCUCCAUCCUCCAAACAUGGUAAACGCCAGUUGAUUAGGGGCUUUGACCCAAUCAGAAACGGCGAAAUAUUUUAAAUGAAUGAUUGCAAUUAAUGUAUUUUAUUUACGGUAUUUCAUGUUACAAGUUGUUCAUUUAUGUUCAGAUGAGUGAAACAAGCUGUAUACAAACAAAACGAAUGUGGCUGCCCUCGAAAGUCGUACUUGGCAUCCGAAGGAGUUUCGUUGUUAUUCACAAGAAAAAGAGAAAAACUUGAAUCGUCAGAUCUUUCCUUUAUCUCCAAAUAAUCUUUAACUCGUCAGUUCUUCAGAUAACAACUUAGUCUGCCUUACACGAUACGGAUGAGCGAAGGAUUACAUGGAUUGUAAACCUAAAUCACACAUGUGAUAAACAAGAACAUGGCGGCAACUAACACGAGUCCUAAGCAAAAUGGUAACAACCGCUGACCAUAAAUACUGAAAACUCCUUACUACAGCACUGCUGUAGUAACAACGAAAUAGAAAACAAUACUGUACUGUGAAACUAGUCAAAUAAGUUCGUCAACACACGUUUUUUAAUGUAAAAAUCGAAAAAUUUGUGGGUGGCAAUCUUUCGCAUUUCCGGAGUCUGGCAGGUUGGGUGGUAGAAUUUAAUACAAGUGUCCGUUUAAUACAAGUUGUCAACAAUGGAAAUGACCAUUUCAGAUACCCUUUAGGUGUCCACGUCCGCUUAAUAAAGGUUUCAUAUAAAGUCAAUAAGGGAAAUAAAUUUGGGGAGUUCGGCUACUGUCCGCUUAAUACGGUGUCCGCCUAAUACAGGUUUCACUGUCAGUGAUAUCAGUUUCGAAAAAAAAUGUUACCUGAAUCACCUUUUCUUUUCUCUUCCCUUAUAUCAGUUUUUCCAGAGGGACUGACUGACUCCGUUAUCGUAGGAGAUAAUGUGCAUCACUUAGCUAAUUUAAGCACAUGGCUCAAACCAGUCGCCCAAAGCGAAUCUUCAAAAUGGAAGCGCUGUUGGCGUGCGUCCGUGGAUGGCUGGGCUGUCAGUACUUUUCACAGCCGAUGUGACAACAAAGGACCAACUGUAACAAUAAUAAGAGUGGGAGGGACGUACAUAUUUGGAGGGUACACUAAGCUCUCAUGGAGUGGUAAGUGAUCUUAUUUUUAACAGUCUAAACACCAUACAAAGCCGGCCACCCUUUAGUAUCACACCGAGGUUGCGCAUACUAAGCUGGAGGUAUUGUUGGCGUACGGACCCCCGACCGUCCCAUCUCCAACAAUACUCUUUACUUACUUUCUCCACUUCAGCAAAACAAUGUUUGGUAAUUCGGGUUUGUAUGUUUAACAACAAUUCUGUAGGCUUAUUUCAUUAGGGAAUCGUAUUCGUAUUCGUAAUCGUAACGUUGUUUCAUGCAUGGAGGUCCGAUUGAUACUAUUAAGAAAAUUAACAGCUUUUUAAAUAACAACAUGAAUUUAAAACAAAUGUAAUGGGAAAAUGAUGAAUAUGUGUGUCGGAGUGGGUUAGGACUAAGUAUUUACGAAGACGACUUCCUCUCUGAUUUUCUUUGAAUUAAGCACAAAUAAGGCGAAGUAGUAGUAUACAACGUGAAGAAAGUUGUAUUACACAGGGAUGAGUCAGCCUGACACUGAUGACUUUCACCGUUGUAUAUAAGUGGUUAUAUUCUUCUAAUAUUUUACCAGCCGCAACUCAGCCAGGAUUUUUUGCAAGCCAUGUUAGUUUUGACUUUUGAGCUAACUUGAAUGGGUGCGGCUGGAACUUCAAACGUAGCGGGUGGAACUUCGGGAGUUGCAUCAGCUUUUUCUUCCAUAUAGAAUAAUUUUAAAAAGUUUUGUUUUGAAUUUCUUAGACAAGACAUUGUCCAGGUUCUUCAUAAAGUUAUUGUCCAGGUUUUUUCGCAGGCUGCUUUUUAAGUAUUUUUUUUUUUCAAAAACAAUGUGUUUGGUUGUAAAUUCAGAGCGGCGUUGGCAACCACGAGCAGGCGGCCGCUGCGCAAUGCUGUAAUACCAGCCAGAGACGGAAACGCCGAGUUGAUUAUGAAAAAAUCAAGUUGCUUAUUGUAUGUCCGUUUGCAAAGUUUCCACGAAAACACCGAGUUAAUUAUGAAUUCUUCUUGCAUGUCCUUUUGCAAGCUUCCACGCCAUCCACUUUGACGAACAUACCAAUUGCUUUUCUACCGCGCAUCAAAAAGCUCUAUUGUAAUCAAUGUUUUGGUGGUCUUGCGCCAAGUCUUGGUGCUCAUGCAAUUUAUAAUAUUUCGCCACAGGGUUUCUCCUGUUAAUGAGUUGGGACCCGGUCGCCUCUUUGAAUUUUCCCCUGGAAACAAGCACUGCCAGUUUUUCGCGUUGUUCUGGAAUUUUGUUGGCGGGCAGCGAAAUAGGUAAAUCUAAGGUUAUCGAAUUAUCGAUGGUCUCCACUGUGACAAUAAAGGAUAUGACGACCUUAGAAGAAUUUAUCUUAAUCAACACUCUCCGCCAAUGCCAAAGUGUAUGAACCUCCCCUAGCAAGAUCAUCAACAAUCAGUCAACUUCACUUUAUGUGCAGAAAUUCAGUUACUAUUAAUUAAUGAAUAUGACAAUUUGUCUCUAGGCUUUGCUAGCUGUUGUGUAGUACCUCUCUUGACGUGCCUGUAGGUGAAAACUGUUUGAUGAGGGUUGCACUGUUUUAUGUUUAGAAUGAUGUGAUUAUAAUUGCUCAGGUCUUGCAAGCCUGGCCACCCAUUUUCAUACAGUUAGCAGCACACUGAAAGGACUAGGCAAGGCAUGCAUCUCAUGAAAGCGUGCAUUAGCCAACGUCAGCCUACAUGUACAUCUCUAAUAUUGAACAUCCAUAUCAUGGUCAAAACAAAGGAAAAGCAAAGUAAGGGAAAAAAUGAAAAAGCAUUUCUUCAAGCACAUUUUAUAACUGACAGCAUUGAAUGGUAGAUAUGAAUUCAAAGAUACAAGGAACCGACAUAUGACACCACAGUCCUUACUGGGAGGGGGAAUCUAUGGAGGAUUGGGCGAAGGUCGAAUCCAGUAAUUGUAAAUUAUGCUUAAUUUUAACCAAUCACGUCGGCUAGUUUCCAGUCUAGACUUCUUACUAACCAUGGCUGUCGUCUUGAGAUCAAUAAGUGCAUCGAACAGCGUUACCGUGAUACAGGCUCACAUUACCAACAAAGACUUUAUAAACGAGUCAAAAUGCCUAGCUUACACGCACUGUAAACUAAUUGUGAACACCUAACUAGAUUUAAAAAACACACACACACAAACGAACAUACAAACUCGAAAACCCUAACCGUUCCAUUAUUUAUUCUAAGAGUUACACAAGUUACUGUUCUUACAGGUGAGAGUUCUUGGGUGGUUCUCAAUGUCCACUUCUCUCACCUGCUGGUUCUUAAAAGAAGCAAGUGUUUCAGAGCUCUUAAUGCGCAUACUUAGGGACUUGUCAGAAAUUAGUAGGGGGGGAGGGGCGUGGAAACAGAGGGAAGGUCACAACUUUUUGAGACUGCGGAAAAGGGAGGGGUCAUGAAAAAUGGGCUGUUAAAUGGGGAAGGGUCAUGAAAAUAUGUGUCCGUGAUCAUGUAGAGGUUCACUCACAGAAGAAAACAGAAGUUCUUUUUUUUUGUAAAAAAACCUGGGAGAAAUAGGAGAGUCGAGUGAUGAGCUGUCAGAAUCAGAGUCGGACUCUUAAUGUUUUCAUCUAAAAUGUAUGUAUAUGGCAUUAGAAAGAACACAUUAGACUAUAUUUUGAGCUUUCAUAAUACUGACUUAUCCUAAUGUAUUGCAAGAACUAGAUUUUAUCAUUUAAGAGGGGGAGGGUCAUGAUAUUUUAGGCCAAGGUCAAGGGAAGGGUUAGCAAAUUUCACUCCCAUUGCAGGGAUGGGUCACCUCAUUUCCGAACCCAAAUUUAAAAUUCCCACCCCUCUCCCCCCUGCUAAUCUCUAACAAGUCCCUUAGUUUGCACCAUAUUAUAGGACCAGUAUAUCUAAUACUGUAGUUCCCAGAGGUGGUAGUAGGCAUACUAGAAUCAUAAAAUUGUCUGAAUUUCUCAGGCUAUAACUUCGGUUGGUUAUUAAAUAAAAAAUAUCAGAUAUAUAGUAAGGGCAUAAAUUAUACUUGACUCUGUACUUAACUGUUGCUAUCUUCCUUAAGACUUUGUCUGAUUUUAAUCAGAUCCUAGUGUUCAAAAGAUCACUUAAAAAUGGCAUCAUGAAAGACUGCUUUCUUUCCAACCAGUCGACUUAGUCUUUAUAAAAAAAGCCUUGAAAGAUUUAGACCGAAGUAAAUCAGUGGGCGUUGACAGCAUUUCUCCUCGAGUUCUAUCGCUGUCUGCUCCGGCAAAAGCAAAAGAAGUGGUCAAGUUGAUUAAUAAAUUUAUUGAGAAACGCGAUUGGAUAUUGGAAUUGAAAAGAACCAAUGUCUCGCCUAUCUUCAAAAACCAUAAUGCAACAGACAAGAAAAACUACAGACCUGUUUCUGUGCUUGGAAGCAUGGCUGAAUUGUACGAGAGAGUUAUUUAUGUCCAAUUAUGUGUCUACAUUCGACCACACUUUUCAUUGAACCUUUCUGGCUUCCUUAAAGGACACUCAUGCUGUUCCAUCUGUCUUUUAAAGAUGACCGAAGCCUGGCGCAUUAAUCUUGAACAAUGAAGUCAAUUAAUGUUGCCGUCGUAGCAGUCGACCUAAGCAAAGCGUUUGACUCUGUCUGUCACAAUCUCCUUUUGGCCAAGCUUAAGGCGUAUGGGCUGGCAGAUAGUGCUCUGUACUCGUUAGCCGCCUACAUUAAGGGUCGACAACAAAGAUUCAAGAUACCAGGAACAUUUUCACAAUGGAAAGACAUCAGUGCUGGUGUUCCCCAAGGCUCUCUUCUUUUCCCUCUUCUGUUCAAUAUCUUUUAAAGCAUCUUAAAUCACUUUGCUCAAAUACCUCGGUAAGAUUAUACGCGGAUGAUAUGACUAUGUAACUAUACUGCUGAUACGUCUGCAGCCGUCCUAGAAUUUGUCACCAAUUAACGAUGCCUUAAGCUCCUUAUCGGACUGGUUCAAUGUAAAUUAUCUUACAAUAAACCCAGACAAGACACAAGCUCUCGUCCUUGGUCAUUCAAAUUAUGAAUUCGCCCUCCGAAUCGAUAAUGCGUCCGUAUCUGUUUCUGAACACUUAACCAUUUUAGGAGUAACUCUGGACAAAAAGCUUCCUUUUAAGGAACAUAUUUCUCUCCAGUUGGAAAAGGGGUUACAGGAUGACAGCAGCACUGAGACGAUCACGUCGCUUUCUCCAAUUCGAAACUAUGAAAAGGCUUUACAAGGCAUUUCCAGUACUGUGCGCCUACUCUAAGGAAUUAAUUGGGAGAUGUGCCAAGAAAAAAUUAAAGAAAAAGUGAGCAGUAGAAGAAGUUAACAGUGAAAACUGGCAACGAAACUGCUAGUGGCAACGAGGUGGAAUAACAAGGACUUGGACGGUGACUUUUUUGCGUGGCUAGCAGCUUGGAGAUCAGUCAGCCGUCUAGCACCAUCACGAGCGCACAGGAAUUGUACCGUCCAGCAGCUCCUUUCAACGAAAGUUUAUCAACAUGAGAAGAAGGAUUGAACCAUUACCUGAUGUCACAUGCUGAAGAGUCCACGCCGCACUUGCUGGCUGGCUGCUCGGCACUGGCGCAGACCAAAUACCUCGCUCGGCACAAUUCUCUUUGAGUUGCUAAAAAAAACUGAUAAUAUUCCCCCUUGGUUUUCUCCCACCGAACGAAAACCAGAGAACUAAAGCUUAUUGGGAUGUGCCAGUUUAUGCACAGAACACUGAAGUCAGAGUAAACACAAUGAAUGUCAGAAUAAUUAAUAAGGAAGAUAAGAAAUUCACACUGCUAGAAAUUAGCUGCCCUUGGAUGGAAAACAGAGAAGCAAAGGAGUCGGAGAAGACCAUGAGAUUGGUGCCACUUCGUCGGUUUUGAGCUCAAGAUGCAGAAGUGACCCAGGGGUGAUAAUAUCAUUAUUUGAGGUGCAUCUAUGAACACGGCUAAGAGUAUAAAGUCACUGAUCAGAGAAAGGCCAGGAAGGAAGACACUAAGAAAAAUGGAGAAAAUUGUUUUGUCACACUCUUUGAACAUUGCAAGAUCAUUUAAAAUCCUUGCAUAGCUUUGAGCUAUGUUUUAAGAGACUUGAAAGUUAUGAUUAUCUUAUAAGGCGUAAUCCAAUUUUAAUUUUAGCAAUUUUAGGUAUUUUUUAAGUAUCUUUAAGCAACUUUCAACACAUUUUCUGUAACUUUUAGUUGUUGUUUUCAAUACGUUUUAGGCAAUUUUCUGACUUAUGUUUCUGUACUUUUUUUUAACAAGUGGCAAAGGAACUUGAAUUUUUUUCUUAACAUUUUUAAUGUAGUUUAUUGGUUAUACAUAAUACCUAGAUUUUAAGAGUGUUCCAGAUUUUAGAUUUAGUCCACAGGUUAUGAAAUGCACCCGGCGUGUUUUUUUUUUCUCACUUAAGAGCUUUAAUUCAGAAGUUUUUACUGCCAUAAUAAUAAUAAUAAUAAUAAUGAUAAUAUAUUUAUUGAUAAUAAUGUCGAGCUAGAUUCGCAGCUACCACUAGCAGACCGCGGACCAGAACAAGACGAUAAAGCAUUUUAUAGUUUAGUCCCUUUAUUACCAAAACGAGGAAUUUACAUUAGGGUCUGUAUCUCUAUCAGCAUUUUUCUUUUCUUAUUUUCCCAACAGGUUCCAGCAGCUGCCCCGGGUACCGAUACGAUGCCCAGGCAUUUCUUUUCUCGCUGGUUAACAAACCAGGAUGGGCGCCUGUGAAACUUCCUCAGACAGGAGGGGUGUAUAGUUCGCACAAUGCCUACUCCAUAUACGACUGCUCGUCUUAUGGACCUACUUUCGGAAACGGCCAUGACAUUGAAAUUGUCAACUACGCGUCAACUAGCAGCAGUUCCCUUGCCUACCCUGGUCAUACUUACAGCCCACCAAGCGGGUACAACUAUGGAGACACCUUCACCCACACAUUUCUGGCAGGAGGAAGUAAUUAUUAUUUUACUCCAGACGAAAUAGAAACAUUUUACGAAACAACCUAA